UGGAAGACGAUGUUGUUAUAGUAGCGUUGAAGAUAAUUAGCGUUACUUCAUUGUAAUUAUUAAAUAGCAUAAUGUCUGUAGUAAUGUAUUUGAGACAGUUUGUCAGCGAGCGACUCACCGCUGCUGCUGAAGAAAUAUUCGGAGUUUUUCAAAAAACUAUCGUGGAGUAUGAGGAGGAGAUCGAUCGUCAGCGCAGAUUGUUGGAUGUGUUUUUAAAACCUGAAAUGAAGUUACACCGGAUCGACCUCUCACACCGACCCGUCUGUAAGGAGGAGGUUCUUGAUGACCAGCUCUGUGAUCAGGAGAGGAACUCCAGGCUGGACCAAGAGGACCCAGAGCCUCCACAGAUCACACUGCAACUGGAUGAACUCUGCAUCAGUGAGGAGGAGGAGGAGGAGGAGGAGGAGGAGGGAGAGCAGCUUGUCCUGAAGCAGGAGACGGAUGCCUUUAUGUACAUUCCUAUAUAUGAGGAGAGUAACCACGGUAAAGAUCACACUCUGAACUUUAGUAUGGAUGACAGUCAACGCGUGGUUACAAGCUCUGGGGUAUCGUCACCAAAUGGUUACCAGCAGCUCCUCUCUCUCAACCCUCAGGAAGGAGGCACGAAUGAGCCUGAACAGAAUCCACAUUACAAAAACAACGAUCACUUAAACAAUGCAUCUAAUACUAUGAUAUCAUUGAAUCACUGUCAUACGCAGGCAUUCAAAUGUGACACCUGUGAGAAGGCUUUUAAGUGCAGGGCGUAUUUGAUGAGACACCAGCUCGUACACAAAUGUAAGAAGUCGCAUACUUGUGAAACAUGUGGGAAAAGUUUCCAAUUCAACAGUUACUUAAAAGCCCACAUGAGAAUUCACACGGGUGAGAAACCAUUUACCUGCUUAAUAUGUGGGAAGGAUUUCAGGCAAAGCAGUACCAUGAAAGGUCACAUGAGGAUACACACAGGUGAUAAGCCUCAUCUUUGCAAGGUUUGUGGGAAAAGAUUCUCUGACAAUUCAGCAUUCAAAAGCCAUUCGAGAGUCCACACAGGUGAGAGACCAUAUACUUGCCAAACAUGUGGGAAAGAUUACAGAUGUAGGAGUAGCUUGAGAGGCCAUAUGAGGCAUCACACAGAUGACAAGCUGAAUCAUUUAUUUUGACAUCAUGUGGAAAGUUAGUGUUACAAUGUGUUACAAUGCCGACAUGGUGACAAUACCUGUGGGAAAAGAUUACAUGUAACAUUCAUAUGAGGCCAUACUGGCCAGAAGCCACAUUUCUGCAAAACACAGUCAAGAUUUUUCUAUAUUUUUCUAAAGGUGAGUUAAAGGUCCACAUGAAACCGCACGUGAGAAGCAGUUUACUUGGUAAACAUUUGGAAGAGCUUUCUAGUGGUCCACAUGAUAAGAACAUACAACGGUACGAAGCCAAACCGUCGCAAGACCUGCAGGUUGAGAUACUUUUAUGGGUAUUCAUUGGCGAGGUGUGCAAGAUCAGGGCCUUGUAGCAUUGUAUUUAUAAAGAAUGUGUGAGAUGAUAUACACUACCGUUCAACAGUUUGGGGUCACUGAGAAAUAUCCUGAUUUUUCAAAGAAAAUCACUUUUUUCAAUGAAGAUAACAUCAAAUUAAUCAGAAAUACACUCUAUACAUUGUUAAUGUGCUAAAUGACUAUUCUAGGUGGAAACGUCUGGCUUUUAUUGAAAUAUCUACAGAGGCCCAUUUCCAGCAACUAUCGCUCUGUUUUAAUGGUACGUUGUGUUUGCUUAUCACCUUAGAAGACGAAUGGAGGGUAGAAAACCCUUGUGCAAUUGUGCUAGCACAGCUGAAAAGAGUUAUGCUGAUGAGAGGAGCUAUAAAACUGGUCUUCUUUCGAGCUUGAAGUUUAAAGAACAACAUUAAUAUUUUCUAACCUUGCCAAUGUUUUCACUAUAUUUUCUAUACAUUUUUUAAUUCAUUUGAUAAAUAAAAGUGAGUUUUCAUGGAAAACACAAAAUUGUCUGGGUGACCCCAAACUUUUGAACGGUAGUGUAGUUCUAGUUUGUUGUGAAAACACGAGAGUUGACAUUCUUGGAGACGUGGUCACUAACUCAAUGAAAUACACUUUUGCAGUAGCUACACUUCUAACUGAAAGUUUGUACAUAAAGGUGAAAUGUCGAUGUCUUAGUGAAAAGUUUUCCUGUCAUGACUUUUCUUUUUGCGGACAGUAUUUUUUUUUCUCUUUACAAUUGUAAUCUUCAAAAUGAUUAAAACAUGUUCCAGUGAGUGCACAUUAGUGGCUGUUCAAGUAAUGUGAUGGUUGUUGGUUUUGCCAAAUGUUCAUUUCCAAAGUCACAAUCAUUGUUUUAAGUUUAAUAAAAACUUUAUGAUAUUGUA